ACAAAGGCACCCCAUCUUGCAAUUAAUGAAUGCACCCAUCUCUCUUGUAAUAAUCAUUAUAAUUAUUAUUAUCACCUCUCUCUGUCCCUCAACUCUGUUGCCUUUGCUACUGCCUCUUCCACACAAGCUGAAAUUUUCUGCAUACAGACCACUCUCAGUCACAGCUGGUUUUGUCAUCCAUCUAUGGAACCCUGCAAUGGAUUACAUAUGACUGUGUCUUAAAGAUUCCCAGUUUAAUACAUUGAGGUGUAAAGUGGCUUAUGGUCUGAUGUGUGGGGAAUCUUUGGUCUGAUAUUGUAUUUGGCUUUGCCUGACAUUUCCAGCAACUACAUAUAGUUUUUUUUUUCUUUCACGUGAGAUCUGUUCUGGUUCUGGUCCUUCUAACUUUAUCGACGAAAUGGGGGGUUGUGUCUCCACUAGUAGCCGGAGUACUUCUGGCAGUAUGGGCCGUAGGGAGGAGGUUUCUCCGACGUGUUGCGAUAUCGGGUUUUGUGGGCAAAAGAGGACUAAGAGAACAUUUUCGGAUCAUGUUAUUGCAUUGCACCAUUUGCCUUCAGUCCCCAACAGGGUUUUCACUAAUGGAAAGAGCAGAAGCUCUUGUAUAUUCACUCAGCAGGGUCGCAAGGGAAUCAACCAGGAUGCCAUGAUUGUAUGGGAAGAUUUCAUGCCGGAAGAUGUGACCUUUUGUGGUGUAUUUGAUGGUCAUGGUCCACAUGGUCAUCUCGUUGCUCGUAAAGUGAGAGAUGCCCUUCCUCUUAAGUUGCUUUCCUCCAUGGAUUCUUGUCAGUCAAGGCAAAAUGGUUCGGGCCAAACAUGUUUCAAAGGGAGUUUGAAAGCUGCGGAUUUGGAGAAGGACGUCUCGGCAGAGGAGAGAUUAAUUUCGUUAUGGAGAGAAGCAUUCAUGAAGUCAUACAAGGCCAUGGAUAAAGAGUUGAGGUCUCAUCCUAAUUUGGACUGCUUCUGCAGUGGUAGCACUGCAGUCACUAUAGUGAAACAGGGCUCCAAUCUUUUCAUGGGAUACAUCGGGGAUUCUCGAGCGGUAAUGGGAUCAAAAGACAACAACGACUCGAUGGUGGCAAUCCAAUUGACAGUUGAUCUCAAGCCUGAUUUACCAAGGGAAGCUGAAAGGAUUAAAAGGUGCAAAGGAAGGGUAUUUGCAUUGCAAGAUGAACCUGAAGUAUGUAGAGUAUGGUUGCCAUUUGACGAUGCACCAGGGCUAGCCAUGGCUCGAGCGUUUGGAGAUUUUUGUUUGAAGGAAUACGGUGUCAUCUCCAUGCCAGAAUUUUCCCAUCGUUUACUCACAGAAAAAGAUCAAUUCAUUGUCCUAGCAUCAGAUGGGGUAUGGGAUGUAUUGAGCAAUGAAGAGGUAGUUGAGAUUGUAUCAUCGGCUCCGUCCCGGUCAUCAGCAGCCAGGAUGUUGGUUGACUCGGCUGCACGAGAAUGGAAACUGAAGUACCCUACUUCAAAGAUGGAUGAUUGUGCGGUUGUUUGCUUCUUUUUGGAUGGGAAAAUGGACUCGGAAUCCGAUUACGAGGAGCAAGGCUUUUCUUCUGCAACCAUUCAAAGUUAUCAUUCUGGUAACGCAGGUGAAUCUGAUGAUAGCUGCCACAGGUCCGAGCCAUCUUUGCAGAGGAACUUUACGGUUAGACCAUCAGAAGAAUGUGAAGGUUUCGGAAACGGAAGACCACAUCCGGAGGAGUUCGAAGGGAAUGAGGAUACAGUUGCAGGUGAAGAUCAAAACUGGUUGGGUUUGGAAGGUGUUACACGAGUGAACUCACUCAUCCAACUUCCUAGAUUUUCCGAGGAAAGGCCGAACCCUUAGAAAUUUUGUGUUGUCUGGAAAGAAACUGGACUGGUUUUUAGUGCAGCCUACAUUAGAUCCAAGGGAAAGGAACUAGUUUGUGAAUCGGUGGCUGUUUUGUUCAUGUUUGUGCAAGUUAAUCCAUUGCCACACCAAUUUGUUCUGUUGUAUUUCACAAAUCAUUUUAGAGAAGGAAAAAGGUCCUGGUCAGAGUUAGGCUUAAUUACAAAAUUAGUCCUCAAACUAUAUUACUUUGUCACUUAAGUAUCUAAAGUUUUUUUUUUUUAUCAAAAUUAUAUUUAAACUAUCA